AUGCGGAUUGGUCUGCCUGGUGUUACCGAUGACGUUGAUGACAAGCGAUGGCUGCCAGGGGCACAACCUCGUCGGCGUAUGUCGCCUCGGCUCGGAGUGGGAAGUGGCACAGCACUACGAACCUCGGAGUCGGCUAUAGCCACGAUAACAAGGAAUGCGGAAGGAGUACUGGAUAUGGCUCCUGGAAAUCGUGAGAUGACAGCUAAACUGAAUCCAUUCGUUACCAUGCGUUGCCUCUUCAUCCUCCUCAUUGGUCUCAUGGUCACAGCUCUUGCUGACGAUACGUGCAGAAAAAUGGGCGAACCUUGCUCCAGAACCGUCUUCAGUCGGUGCUGCGAAGGUCUCUACUGCGUACUGAAGGGAUUUGCUGAUGGAACCUGCGAAAAGUGUCUGCCCCAGGGUCACUUCUGCUUCUCCGAUGGGGAAUGCUGCAGUAAUGACUGCGCCUGGUACAGGUUCUGCCGAUAA